CCUUAUGAAUGAUGACCUGAGACUAAAGAAGAGACUUUGGUUGAACAGGAGACAUAGCCGCAAAACUAGGAAUAUCCAUUGCAUAACACAAGAGAAAAUGGCAAAGUCCUGAAGAAAUUCAAUCUUAUUUAUAAGCAGAGCAGUAAACCCUAAUGGAUAUUCACAAAAGCUCAAACAAAACAACCAAAUUCAGAAAGAGAUUUUAAGUAAUGGCAGCAAGACAGCAACCAAGAGGAACAGGCUUGGUGGUUCAGUAUGAGGAUCUUGUCCCCAAAUCUGAAUGGAAAGAUCAGCCUGAGGCCACUAUUCUCACCAUUGAUCUGCCAGGUUUUACAAAGGAGCAAAUAAAGGUAACGUAUGUGCACACCUCAAGGAUGAUAAGAGUCACCGGAGAGCGUCCCUUGGGUGAUAGGAGAUGGAGUCGUUUCAACGAAGUGUUCACUGUUCCACAGAACUGUCUAGUGGAUAAGAUCCAUGGGAGCUUCAAGAACAAUGCCCUCACCAUCACCAUGCCUAAGGAGACGAUUACGAAAAUGCCUAACCUUCCGGAGACUUCUAAAACUGUGGCUGAGAAGGUGAAGCAGCUGGAGGAGAAGAGGUUGUUGGAAGAAGCUGCAAGGAAAGAGAAGGAAGAAGAGGAUGAGAAGAAGAGGAAGCUUCUGGAAGAGAAAGAGGCAAUACUUAGGAAGCUGCAAGAAGAAGCUAAAGAAAAGGAGAUGGCUGAUAAGGCGAGAAAGCUUCAAGAAGAAGCUAUAGCAAAAGAGAUGGCUGAGGCAAGAAAGUUUCAAGAAGAAGUUAGAGCAAGGAAGCUUCAAGAAGAGGCCAUAGCAAAAGAGGAGAGGAAGCGUGUGGAAGAAGCUAGAGCAAGGCAGCUUCAAGAAGAGGCCAAAGCAAAAGAGAAGCUUGAGGAGAGGAAGCGUGUGGAAGAAGCUUCACUAAAGAAAAAGUCUGUGGAUGAAUCUGUAGAAAACAGGAAGAUCAUUGAGAGGGUGCUUCCAGAAGUGGACUAUACAAAAUCCGGCUCCGGUUCUGUGACCAAACCUGUGUCUGGAAGAGCAAGAGAGGUCAUGAAAUCAGCAGAAGAGAAACUAAGUUACGUGGUGGAGAAGGAAAAGAAAACAGAGAAAGGGAUGGUGGAGAAAAUGAGAGGAAAAAAGAUAACAAGUGAAGAGAAGAAGUUGAUGGUGAAUACAGGAGUGGCUGCUCUUGUGAUCUUUGCUCUUGGAGCUUACGUUUCUUAUACCUUUUGCUCAUCUUCUUCAUCUCCUCCUAGCAAACCAGAAUGAUGUUUUAUAAGGAGUUGUGUGAAGGAGUGCUUGUAUAAUUUGUAACUGUAAUAUAUUCUGAAAUAUAAUAAAGUUUGGUGAUGUUAUACAUUA